AACGUCCCUCCAGGACACAGCCUCUCGUGACAUCACAACAAUCAUUAAACCAAUCAAACUGCUCCAUCUUAAACGCCAACGAAAGCAUGACACCUGUUUUCAAAAAUCUAACAAGCGCCGGAUUAGUAUUUGGUCAAAUAAACCAUAUAGAGGAAGGUGCACUGGCUUGUUUCCAGAACCUGACAAGUUUUUCUGGGGGCCUAAACCAGGACGUCCUACUGCGCCUUCCCCUGUCUGGCAUUAAGCAAAUCCAGUCCUUGGUUUUCUCUAGUUGCAAUUACAUUGAUUUUGAAAGUGUCUGUAAUGUAGUGUUUUUGCUUUCAAUCAAGAAAAUACGUUUUGCCAAUGCCAAUACAAGCAGCCUCUCCAUGUCCAGUGUAGAAUUGUGCAUUGGGCUGGAAUAUAUGGAUUUUUAUGGACAUGGACUCUUCCAUUCUACUCCCCAUUUGAAAUGGAAUUUUAUUUUCAGUCUCAAAAACCAAAAACCUUAAAAAUAUUAUAUGUAUCUGGCCAGACACAAAACAGUCUUGACCUCUGCUCCUUCCGAAAUCAACCAAUCACAUGGUUAACACUACUCUCUUUCACGUCGAGCAAUAUACAAACGCUUUUUGCAAAACAGUUCAGCUGUCUUGAGAACCUGCAGUCUCUAAAUUUAUCAUGUAGUUUAAUUUCAAACAUUUAAGACUUUCCUUUCCUCGGAUUGGCAAAUCUGGAGUCCUUAGACAUUACACAAAAUAAUAUAACCCAGUUACAUGCAAACACGUUUAUUGGUUUACAUAGUUUGACAUUGUUAGACCUCAGGGAAAAUCCACAGAUCUACAAUAUUGAAGCAAUGUCUUUCGCACACCUUACGUGUCUAAGACAAGUGUUUUUGGGGUACUUGAACUAUCCACCAAGAUAACCUGUGAUAAAGCUGAAUCUGACACUUGUAUUCAGUGACAUUCUGAGUCACCUGACUCAUCUGCACAUUAGUUCAGGUAUGAGGCCAAUGCAGUUGAUUAUUGGCAGUAACAUCACAUCUAAACAGAACCUGAGUCUCCAACUCAAAGGCCAGACAGUGUCAUUUGAAGACAGUGACAGACCCUUCUUUAAGUCUGUAACCCAUCUUAAUGUUGACGCUGAAGAAUUCCUUUGUGGAUCUGAAUUCAUGGGAAAGUACUGCAGGUCUGUGGAGACAUUUGUGUACAGAUCAAAGCUUUCAGCUAAAAGUGUUGAUUUAACAUCAACGAAUCAGCUGAUUCACCUGAGGAAACUGACUCUAAUACAGGUGGACCUUUUAAUACAGCAUUCUGCCGACACCAUUUUCCACAACCUGACCAAACUGGAGGUUCUGAAACUUUCAAACUGCAGGAUUGACUCUUUAGAGGGGAGUUUAACUAAAGACUUUAAAUCCUUGAAAACAUUAUAUUUGCGUAUCGAGAACAUUUAUCAUGUAAUCUACAGCUUUACCGAACCUCUCUCUAGCCUAAAGUAUUUGAUACUUGAUACGUUACAGAUAUUUUGCAGUUGUGACAAUGCUUGGCUCAUUGCAUGGGCAAAGGGGUACAGGCCGGUUGAAGUGAUCAUGCUUAAUCAUGAACUUAUAUAUACUUUAGAGGACUUGAUAUGCUUGUUGGACAGUGGACUAGACACACCUAACUUUGUCAAGUACACAGAAGCCAACUGCACAACAGAGGUGGGCUUUGUGCUCUUUGCUGCGACUGGCCUGGGAGUCCUGUUCUUCAUGCUGGUGGUGUUGGUCCAUAACCUGGUCGGUCCUUACCUCCUCCCCCUCUACCACAUCACCCUUGGCUGGCUGUCGGAGGCGAUGCGAUCAAACACCAGGGGGCACUACCACUACGAUGCGUUUGUCUCCUACAGCGGGAAGGACGAGCGCUGGGUGGUGGAGGAGCUGCUACCCAACCUGGAGCAGAGGGGUCCCCCUUUCCUGCGCCUCUGUCUGCACAGCAGGGACUUCCAGCUGGGGAAGGACAUUGUGGAGAACAUCACAGACAGCCUCUACCGGAGCCGUCACACCCUCUGCCUGGUCAGCCGCCACUACCUGUACAGUAACUGGUGUUCCUUGGAGAUGAAGCUGGCCACCUCCAGGCUGCAGGUGGAGCAAAGGGACAUCCUCCUCCUGGUCUUCCUGGAGAAGAUCCCCCCUCGCCGGCUGUCUGCCCACCACAGGCUGGCUCGCCUGGUCAAGACCAGGACCUAUUUGGACUGGCCCCAGGACCCCCAUCAUCACCAGGCAUUCUGGGACAGACUAUGGGCUAAACUGAACCCUCUGACUGAAGCUUGAGAUAAAAGGUUUAUGUAGGACCUUCUGUUAAUGCUGAGACAAAUAGUGUUGGCAGAUAUGUUGAGGUAUUUUAUUUGCAGUUAAAAGUCUUCUGUACAAAAUGUCUACCGGUAUUUGAGGUUUGUUUAGACAAUUCUGAUUAAGUCCUUUUUAUUGCUCUGUCUGGAGUGUACUUUUUCUGCUUCAUCUGAAAUUACUUAGAAAUAAGCCUAUUUAAUUUACUUAGAAAUAAACCCAUUAAUUUUUUUUACUUCUCCAAUUUUUAUCAGAUCCAAUGUUCUUUUUUUCCAACACCUUAUCACUAACACAUAUCUUUGUUGCUUAGAGGAACUGAAAAAGGCUCCAUCAAUGGUUUUGUACUAUUUUUGUUGUAUAUCAGGGUAAAACCAAUGUGACCAUCUGCUGUAUGCUGCUUUGAAUGACGAUACGUGACUGACCAAUUACCAUGAACCCGUUAUUUUAAUCUAGUUGUUUAACAAAUGUGUUUUUUUGCUUGAGUGUUGCCUGUAUAUGGUUUAUUACAUAUGUAAUUUAACAAUGUAUUAACUUAUGGGUGUAGGGAGGUGUCCACCUAUCUGGCCAAUUAAGUAAUUUCUGCACAAUAUUUGUGAAUUGGAGGGAACCUAGUUUUAUUGUAUUAUUUUAUUAUUGUUUAUGUUCUUGAUAAAGGCAUCCAGCCGAAAUGUUGGAAACUGGCUUUUGAUUCUGUUUAAAGUUCCAAUGCUGCUGUUUUUAUCUCAAUAUUAAAUAA